AUGGCCCGGAUGGUGCCCUGUGUCUAUCCCCUGCCCCGGGAAGAUUCCAAGCUCGAUGCUCUCGCCAACAGAAAUGACGAUUCGUCUGGCCAGUGCAAUGCUUGCUGCAAUGAAUUCGAAGGCCUGAUGCCCGAUGGAGAAGACGGGGGCGGAAGACGAGACGAGCGUAAAGCACAAGCACUAGAGACAUCGAGGACUGGAGACGCAACGAAUGACGACCCAGCAGGAGACGAGGCGGGGCCGAGCUUGGUCUGGAAAGGUGAGGGUAACGGCCAAGCGGGUUUUUCGGUGGAGGAUCAUGGAAAUUUGGGAGGGGGGUGA